UUUUAGACGGGUGAUAAGAUAGGGUAAGUGUCGUAUUCGGAAGGCCUCCCGCAAGAUGCUGCGAGGGUGGGAUCGAAAGUAUUUGGGCAACCAGAAAGGGUUCCAGACUGCUGCCUCAUCAAUCAAUCAAUCACAAUGAGGUCUUUUGAAGAAAGAAGAAAGACAAUCACUUCGGAGAACCGCACCACAGCAUCCCGCUCUAAUGACGGCCGGGCACUUACGGGACCACACCCAUGGCGGUUCCCUGGAACAGAUGCAGAUGCCCCUGCCAUCCGAUUUCAACCGCACUCGGAGACCACAAAAUGCCGGCAUAACGGCAACACCUGCCCAUCAGUUGGGUCACUUUGUCCACGUAUGUGUCUGCGGAACGGAAGUGCAUAGAAGAAGAGCUAAUGGCGGUGGAAGGGAGAAGAAGCAGGAUCCGACCAGCAGUAGGGUAACAUUCGAGAGGGGGGACAAGAUGGGAACGGGCACAAAAUCGUCGGCGCCGCAUUUUGGAGCAGCUGUGGAUGCGGUUUAUUCUCCGACUGAGGCUGCAGCGGAAGUUUUAACAACCGCCGCACAUACACUCCCAUGCACUGAGAAAAAUAUAUAGAUAUAGAAUAAAUACAUAUAUAGAUAUAUAUACAUAAGAGAACCAAAGAUUAUUAAAACAUUAGGAAUAGAUAUUCUUCCAGAUCAGAGAUAAAGUAAACAUUACUGAUU